AUGUGCUCGAAGCGACGCGCCCGCCCGGCCGAUCACUGCGAGCUGCCAAGUCGAGCAAGGCACUCGCCUGUUUGCUGCGCGCAGGACAGUGCUGCAGCUGCUCCACUGAGCCAUCGCGCGGUGGACGCACUGCGUCAGUCGCCAGUGGUGGAGAUGCAUCGCAGCUCGAGUGGACGAAAUCUGCGGCUCAAACAUCUCUCGGUGGCUGACGGGGCGCUGCUCUCGGCGCCAAAUGCCUUGACUCCCCGAGCGCCUUCAGGUAGGAGACCCGAGAGCAGACAGCGGCUCUACAGCGCCGAUUGCGACAACAACAACAACAGCAACAACAACGGACCCGGCAGCAGCGACAGUCUCUUACCACGAAGCAGCAGCUUCUCGAUCGCAGUCCGGGCGCUGAAAGACCACGAAAGGAGUCGAUCAGCUACUGACCCGGAAGGUCUUGAAGAGCUGUGCGAGAAACCAGAGUAUCAACAGCCCAGAUGCAGGGACGACGACGACCACCAGCAGCAUCAGAGAGAGGAUAGCAGUGACGAGAGCGAAGAAAUUAACUGGGACGUGCAUGACGGUAUUUCGCGUAACAACUUGGAAGUCCAUCGCCGUCUUAACGAAGCACCACCGCCCACACAGGUGGAAGAGAAGGCUGUAUCGAACUUUGGCCUAUGGGGCAAAGCUGCCAGGAACAAGCGCAUGCCGGACGCCAUUAUUUUCGCCGGCUCCAGUGUUGAAGACACAAAGCCAUCGUCAUCUUCAUCUUUAACGUCGGCGUCUAGCAAGAUCCAGCCCCUCGAGUCGAAGCGCAGCAGCGGCAGUGACGUUGUCAACAUUCCAACGGCGAGUGAAAUGGUUUCUCAGCUCCAUGUUACGCACCCGCACCUAGCAGCACUUUCCGCCUUGGAUAUUCCAAAGUCCAUGUCCCUCACACGGUCAACGUCGCCACGGAUCGGGCGCCCGGGGUUCUCGUCGCUGCCCGAUACUUCUCUUCGACGAGCGACAGCAGUACAUUCCAACAACCAGCAAGCCGAGGCAGAAGCAGAAGCAGAAGCGAACUCGACUAUCGAAGUCGAAGUUAGCAAUCCAAUCACACAAUGGAAGCGAGGCGAGCUCAUUGGAGAGGGCACGUUCGGAAAGGUUUACAAGGGCCUGAACAUUUCUACGGGAGAACUCUUUGCGCUGAAGGAGAUCGAAAUCCACUCGAGUCCCAAUGCCGACCAGGUCACUCAGAUGCAGAAGCUCGGCGAGGAGAUCGCGCUCAUGAAUAAUCUCAGCCACAAGCAUAUUGUUCGCUACAAGGGGAGCCACCGAUCUGCAAACCAUUUCUACAUUUUCAUGGAGUAUGUUCCAGGGGGGUCAAUUGCCAGCAUGCUUAAGCAGUUCGACGCCUUUAGUGAGGACCUCAUCCGGAUAUUCAUUCGACAAAUUGUCCAGGGUGUUAUCUACUUGCACCAAAUGGGCAUCAUCCACCGCGAUAUUAAAGGUGCAAACGUUUUGGUGAACGAGCAAGGCGUGUCGAAGCUCGCAGAUUUUGGCUGCUCGAAGCAGAUCCCGCAGAUGUUAACCACGAGUUUAGAGGAAUCUCUGCGCUCCAUUCGAGGCUCGAUUCCGUGGAUGGCCCCUGAGGUGGUGAAGCAGACUGGCCACGGGUAUAAGGCUGACAUUUGGAGUAUUGGAGCCACCGUUAUUGAAAUGGCUACGGCCAAACACCCGUGGCCACACUGCCAUAACGGCCUAGCAGCCAUGUACACGAUCGCUAUGGCGACCGCCCCGCCCCCAUUACCAGAUCAUUUAUCUGCCGAUGCAAAGUCCUUCUUACGGCGCUGCUUCUGUAUCGACCCGGAAGAGCGGGCAACGGCAGAAGAGCUCGCUGAGCACGCGUUCUUGGCCCAAACAAGGUAA